UUCCAAGCGAACGACCGACUCGGCGCUCGCGCGUGGGCAAUUAGCAAAGUCGCUAGCGGGUGUAACAGGCCGUGCCAACGGACGGCGCCGCGCGUCCUUCAAAUGUUCCCUAUCGAUUCUCGCGGGUAUAUUACAUCGCGACUCGCGCCGAGGCAUGCUAGUCGACGCUAUCACGUCGGCAUCGACGUCAGUGACAGUGCGAUCGUCGUCGGAUUGGAUACCGAGGAAGAUUCCCCGUGCGAAGUAAGGGCCUGUAGGGUACCCGCUUCAUUUCCGAGAUGCGGAAAGUGCAGAAGGUGAGUGCAGCUGGAAGUGCGAGUGGUGCCGCUGCCGCUGCAGCAAGUGAUCCAGAGAGCAGCGAACAGUACCUCCCGAAGCGGACGCACGCAAGAAGUCCUAUUUUCGAGAUGUCGACGGACGACGAGAGUGGAAUGACAUGCUGUAACUCGCGGCAGAAUGGCAUCGUUCAGCCGCUGCUCACAGAUUUGUAUCAAAUUACUAUGGCUUAUGCCUAUUGGAAGAGCGGCAAAAUGAACGACCAUGCCGUAUUUGAUUUGUUCUUCCGCAAGAAUCCCUUCCAGGGAGAAUUUACGAUCUUCGCCGGUCUUGAGGAAUGUAUCAAGUUCUUGAAUAAAUUUCAUUAUUCCCCUAGUGAUAUCAAGUACCUGAAGUCGACUAUGCCCGCUACAGUAGACCAAAGAUUCUUUGAUUAUUUGCAAAGUCUUACUGCAAAAGAUGUCACAAUAUACGCUAUAGACGAAGGAUCUGUUGUUUUUCCAAGAGUUCCAUUGUUAAGAGUCGAAGGAUCAUUGAUAAUGGUGCAGCUCUUAGAAACAACUUUAUUAACAUUGGUUAACUACGCGAGUCUAAUGGCAACAAAUGCGGCAAGAUAUCGCAUGGUUGCUGGAAAAAAUAUAACGCUGCUUGAAUUUGGUCUUCGAAGAGCGCAAGGACCUGAUGGAGGAUUAAGCGCGUCUAAGUACAGCUAUGUUGGUGGGUUUGAUGGAACUAGUAACGUCUUGGCUGGAAAGCUGUUCAAUAUACCUGUCUGUGGUACACAUGCACAUGCAUACAUUACGUCUUUCACCAGCAUUAGCGAUCUGCAAGGGAAAACAUUGGCGCAUAAACAAACGGGCGACGUUUUAGAUCUAUUGGAACUCGCUUUUAAGCAUCGCGAAGCUAUUGCUGACGAUUUGGGAGCUUUAGCCUCGCAAGCAUCUAACGGAGAAUUGGCGGCUUUAAUUAGUUAUGCCGUCGCUUUCCCAGAAAGAUUCACUGCUCUUGUAGACACGUACGAUGUUAAGAGCAUUGAGACGUCUGGCAAGGGGCAGGCACAAGUGGCCAGCCUAAAUGUAAAGAAUAAACUUCUAACUAACGGGUCCAAUACACACGCCCAAAACGGUGUAAGAAACAACCCAUUUAUAUCAGAAUCGACUUCGCAACUUCACAAGAAUGGCUUUUUAAGACGAGGCGAAUUGGGUGAGCUCUAUGUGAGGAGCGGUCUGUUAAACUUCUGCGCGGUCGCGUUAGCUCUGAACGACUUAGGAUACAGAGCCAUCGGAAUUAGGAUUGAUAGCGGCGAUUUAGCGUAUCUCAGUAACGUGGCGAGGGAUAUUUUCGAAAAAAUUGCUGUUAAAUAUAAUAUACCGUGGUUCGCAAAAUUGAUGAUUUGCGCAUCCAACGACAUCAACGAGGAGACAAUAAUAAGCUUAAAUGAGCAGGAUAUUUUCCAGAGUCACAAAAUCGAUUGCUUCGGAAUCGGAACGCAUCUCGUGACAUGUCAGAGACAACCGGCGCUAGGCUGCGUUUACAAAAUGGUAGAGAUCAAUGACGAACCAAGGAUCAAGCUCAGCCAAGAAGUUGGAAAAGUCACAAUACCAGGCAGGAAGGAUGCCUACAGAUUAUACGGGUCGGAUGGCUAUGCAUUGAUAGAUCUCUUGCAAAAAACGACAGAGGAACCACCGCAAAUGAUGCAGAAAGUCCUUUGUAGGCAUCCGUUUCAACAAACAAAAAGAGCUAAUGUUACACCAACUCGAGUAGAGUCUCUGCACAAGAUAUAUUGGAAAGAUGGCAAACUGUGUCAGCCAUUACCAACAUUGCAAGAAAUUCGCAGCAGAGUGCAAGAAUCCCUCAAUACGUUACGUAACGAUCAUAAAAGGAACUUGAAUCCAACACCAUAUAAGGUAGCUGUCAGUGAUACUUUAUAUAGAUUUAUCGACGAAUUGUGGUCUCGGAAUGCGCCGAUUGGAGAAUUACGGUGAAGCAUACUACUCUUGUACAAGAAUAUCGUUAAACUAGUCUCUAGCAAUUAUAAAUAUAGUAAUAACAGAAUCACAGAUUUACUGAGGAAAUGCAUAAUAAAUUUUUUCUCAAAGAGCAGUGGUAACGUACUGUUGCAAUCGAGCAAACAUUUGUGCAUUAUAAACACGAUUGCACCGUAACAUAUACCAUGAGAGAGAGAGAGAGAGAGAAAGGGAAAGCGAGAAUCCUAUAAAAGAUAUUUUUCACAGUUUCCAUUGUUGAAAAUAUCGAAUUAUAUUAUUAUUGUAACAGUAUAUUUUGGUAAAUUUUGCGCAAAUCAUAUAACAUAUUUGUAUAGUUUUACACGAUUUAUAGGAUGAGAUAUUUCGUUACAAAAGUCUAUUUACGAACAGUAGCUUUAUCGCGCAUACACAUAUACGUAUUCUUAAUCCUACUUAAAAAAAAGUACAAAAUAGUGUACAAAAAAACACGUAUAUGUGUGUGAUUUUAGGCAUGCACAAUUCAAAUUUCCGAAUAAUGAUUAAUUUUUUAGAAAUAAUCUAGGUUAAAUAUAUGUACACACGAUCAAAUAUUUCAAAGUAUAGCAAUAUGUGGUAAUGUAAUCGUUUCACAAUUCUUUUUCGAUUGCAUCAUUGUUGCGUUACUGGUCUUUCUCUUCUUUUUUAAAUAUUUUCUUUCCAUCUUUUUUGAAGAUUUGUUUUAUUAUAGUGGAAAGUUAUAUGUAUAUGUAUGUAUGUAUGUGCGUGCGUGCGUGUGUGUGUGUGUGUGUGUGUGUGUGUGUGUUUGUAAAUUUUUAUUGUAUUAUUAUUAUUGUUAUUAUUAUGUAUUUAUAAUUGCUGAAGACUGCUUUAAUAAUAUUCUCGUAUAAGAGUGAUACAUUCGAUAUAUUUACCGUUGUUAUUUACACAAAUGUACAAAGAGCGUGUAAGCAUAAAAUAGUUAUACAUAUUCAUAAUUUUACAUGCAUGUGUACAAUAUGUAUAAAAGUAUGUAUUGAUGUACACACGCGCGCGCACACACACACACUAAGAGAAGGAAAAAAAAAGAAAGGAAAAAAAUGUAUUAUAUCAGAUUAACAUUUGACAAUUAAUGAGCAAAAUUCAAAGUUAAUUUCGUUUAUUACUUAUACGUUUUAAUUGACAGUUACAGUAUGUAGGCCGAUAUAUAUGUAAAUAAUGUGUCCCAACAGAUUUUGUCCGAAUAUUUAUUCAAGAAAUGGUUUAUUAUAUAUCACUCUUCGAGUAAUUUUAUCAAUAUUAUGCUAUUCUUAAGAUUAAUCUAUGAUAAAUCGUUUUAGUUCUACAGCUAUUUGUUUUUAAUUGUAACUUUACUGUAUACUUUCAACAUAAGAUCUGUUAUCCUUUUGUAAUGUUCAUUUACAAUACAUCGUUUAUGGUAUAUAAGCAUAAUUGUAAAAUAUACUCGUGUUUUUUAUAGUGAGAAAUAAAUAACAUAUAGCUGUUAUGUA